GGAAUGGUUACUUCCCUCCUUCAGUACAUUUUCUUUUUCCUCCUACAUCCAGCAUAAGAACAACUACUUUAUAUCUCAAGUCCAAUUCACAAUCUCAAUACAAAGUAACUCCCAGUCUCUCCAAAACCAACCCCAUACGAAAACAUUCAGAUUCCCAUACUCCCGAACCAUAUCAAAGAUCUUAUCGUCGUUUAAUAUCCCUAGCCCCCUCUACUUUUACACCCUCUAGUGCUCUUGGCAGUCUUUACCAAACGCGUGUAUUAGCAUUCAGCAUUUUUCUUUACUAAAUCUAAGCUCGGGUACAAAACCCUCAAAGUCAUUCGUGCAUCAUACACUGAAGCCAAGUCAGCAUAUACCAUUUCAAGCCAUCAUGUCCGAACAUCGGGGAAAAUACACUUACGGUUAUACAUCCGAUAGACAAGCUAGGAGGAAUUCCGCGGACAAGAUCAGCAAGUCAAGGGGAGCAAGAAGAGACCAUGGUAGCUCAAGUCGACGUGAGGAGGCAGGCUCUAGCUCGAGCCAAGCAGAGACUGGAGCAUAUAACGCAGACUACACCGACGAAACCCAACAGUUUCAUUCACCGCCUCAAACUUCCUAUGCUCCAAGUGAGUAUGAUUUACCAGCUCCUACCACAUGUGGUUUAGAAAAGCGCAUAAAUGGACAACCAGUUUUGGACACAAGAACCAACACAUGGGAGAAAUGUGGAAAUCCUCUCGAUUCCGGCCUGGCCUGGUGUCGCACUUGCAAACCCAUAUUAUCUUGUAACGCUAAGGGCUGUACAGAAAGAGGUCAAGAAGAAUAUCCAGGCGCAGGAUUUUCUUGCAACUGGCACAAUGGAUUCCACAGAUCAUACGAAGUUGUGCAGCGUGAGAGAGCCGAGAGAGAGGCUGCUGCGGCAGCAGCAGCAGCAUCAGCCCCUCAAGUUAUAGCAGAAACUGAGAAAGAGAGAGAGGAAAGAGAGGCACGACAAAUGGCAGAAUUAGAGAUAUAUCAGCAAAAUCUGGAUAACAUGUGGAGAAGGUGAUACUGUGGAGGUGUUUAAACUAGGCCGAAGAUAGCUAAUAUCUUCCAUGUACAUUAUUAGUCCGUUGCUUUACCA